UAGCAUUAGCAUACAAGUCAAUGGCUGUCCAGAGAGAACUCGCAGUCCUACAGUUUUGACCUCCUUCACACAACAUAAUAUUGGAGUUAGAUUGCAUGCCCCAAAUUCACCUAGAUAAAACCAUCACUAUCAAAGUCAAUAACUUGCCACAAUCAAUACCGUUUUAGUAAGUAAAGAACGAAAGAUCCUUCUUCAAACCAAUAUAAAUAUCAGUCCAAAUCUGCAAUAGACUGGUAGCAACUAACCUACCCCAACCAAACACAUUUCUAGUAAGUAUUAUUUUUAAGCACUUCCCUUCUCUCCAAGUAUUCUCCAGAACAAGCCCUUAUGGGAAACUUCCUUUUAGAAGCUUUGAAUGUCCGAAUAGAUGGUUCCGGCGAGAAAUUUCUGGUGCUUGCUCACGGGUUUGGCACGGACCAAUCAGCCUGGCAACGCAUUGUCCCGCUUUUCACACCUUAUUAUCGUGUAAUUCUAUACGACCUCGUCUGUGCUGGAAGUGUCAACCCUGAUUACUUCGAUUUUAGAAGGUACACAACUCUUGAUGCCUACGUUGAUGACUUGCUUAACAUUCUUGAUGCUCUUGGCGUUGAUCGUUGCGCUUACGUUGGUCACUCUGUCUCCGCUAUGAUUGGUACCUUAGCUUCCAUUCGCCGCCCUGAACUCUUCAGCAAACUCAUCCUUAUCGGCGCUUCUCCCAGGUUUCUUAAUGACAACGAUUACCAUGGAGGGUUCGAGCAAGGUGAAAUUGAGAAGGUUUUUUCUGCAAUGGAAGCGAAUUAUGAAGCCUGGGUCAACGGGUUCGCCCCACUGGCCGUGGGGGCUGAUGUGCCAACAGCGGUUCGAGAAUUCAGCCGAACCCUUUUUAACAUGAGGCCGGACAUAUCACUAUUCGUUUGCAGGACCGUAUUCAACAGUGAUCUGAGAGGGGUACUUGGCCUGGUCAGAGUACCAUGUUGCGUGGUUCAGACAGCCAGGGACGUCUCGGUUCCAGCUUCGGUCGCGGAAUAUUUAAGGACUCAUCUAGGGGGACGAACCACGAUCGAGAUUCUGAAGACGGAAGGCCAUUUGCCUCAUUUGAGCGCACCAGCGUUGCUGGCUCAAGUGCUCAGGCGAGCCCUUGCACGGUGAGUUUUGCUAGGGGUGGGGUCCAGGGAAAGAUGUGUAAUAAGCAAGGGGAUGUCGACACCUGUCGAAUAACUUGUGGACAAUAGGGUCCUUGGACUCAUGAGGAUAAUAUUAUGAUGAUCUUUUUUUUUUCGAAAAGGGAUAAAAUACCCACGUGAUUGUCACGUGAGGACGUGAAGUUUUUGGCUUUCUCUUCUUCGUUUGCUUGUGUGUUUUUCGACUUGAUUAGUAUUUUGUGUUGCAAUUUGACGUAGCCUUUCUUUUUCUUUA